GCCUGGUCCAAGUAGAGUGACGUGCCGAAAGAGAAUGGGCCACGUAAUUCUUGUUGUUCUGUAUGCAGGGCUCAGGAAUGUGCUAGGUGCUUUGCCGAAUAAAGACAGCGCCAAGUGACGGUGAUUAUCCAUAGGGCCACAGGAAGGACAACGUUUACAGCUGCUGGAGCUCUGGGCCCAAAGAAAGAUGGCAAACAUCGGUGACCUGCCCGAAGAUGUCUUGGUGGAACUCUUUGCCCUGGUCCCCGCCCGGGAGCUGAUCUGUAACUGCCGGCUUGUCUGUGUCCUGUGGCGGGAUGUGAUCAACUUAGCCACUGUGUGGAAACGCAAGUGCCAGCGGGAGGGCUUUAAUCAUGAGAAGUGGGACAAGACUAUCCAGGACUGGAAGAUCUUCUACUUCCUCUGCAGCCUGAAGAAAAACUUACUCAAAAAUCCUUGUGCUGAAGAGAGCUUUCAGUUCUGGAAUCUGAAACCGAACGGGGGAGAUAAAUGGAAAGUUGAGGACCUGCCUGGGCAACACGGAAGAGAUUUUCCCAGCCCACAAGUGCGCAAAUAUUUUGUCACCUCUUAUGGGAAGUGUCUAAAGUCUCAGCUCAUUAACCUAAAGAAAGAGGGUUACUGGGAUCAGCUGAUGGAUGAAAUACGGCCUGAUAUUAUGGUCAAGGACUGGUAUGCUGCCAGGUUUGACUGUGGGUGCUGUUAUGAACUCUCUGUGCAGUUGCUCUCUGCAGACUACAUCAUCCUUCACGAGUUCCGACCUGAACCAGUGGUCAUAGAGCAAUGGAGUGAUACUGAGUGGAGAGAGAUCUCUUACACCUUCCACAAUUACAAGGCUGGAGUUCGUCACAUCCUGUUCCAACAUGGAGGACAGGACACCCAGUUCUGGGCAGGAUGGUAUGGAUGCAGAGUGACAAACAGCAGCAUCACCAUUGAGCCAGGGAUGUCACUGUAGAGAGGCCACGGGGCAAGUGCCAGCUCGGGGCUCUGGAAUCAAAAGGCCGCUCGUAGCACUUGAGGUAAUCUGCGUGAGCUCUUCCAGUUCAGACUUGGGCUGGUGUCAGCGUUUUGUUUUUUUGCUGCCCCCAGCCUCUCCAUGACUGUAUUUUCAUACCCUGUCUGAAGAGCAAGUGCUCCUGGGUGACACCAAGCCUCCUACAAGCUCUGCCCUCUGAAGUGACUUGUCUUCCCUGCGACUCCAUAUUCUCCUCGUGCAUCUCUCACCAGGGACAUCAGCCAGGCCAAGCAGCCAAGUGUCUUUCCCAUGACAGGGAUUGUGCUCCGGGACUCCUGUCAGCCAAGGAAUCUGCCUCAUCUAACCUGCAUGACCUUGGCUGCAGCACCUGUUUAAAGGAGACCUUCAAAGGGGGCAGGAACUGAGCGUUUCUAUAGAAUAUCUGACAGGUUUAAGAGCUUGAGGGGGCGGGGGGAGGAUAUAACAUUUGUGUGCUAACUCAGCACCCUGUCCCUCAUCUCCUCCCCUCUUCAUACUAAUUGAGCUUGGAUUGAAAGACAGGCCCUUGGCAGAGGAGGCCAGUUAACUGAGUGGGGGAAAGGCUGAGGGGCUUGGUGGGUG